ACAGCAAAGAAAAGGAAAGAACAAGCAGUUCGAAAAAAAAGGAAAUUACAAGAAAAGGAAACAAACAUAUUUAUAAAUACAACUAAUCCCUCUUCUCAUCUCUUCACAAAUAGAAAACAACGAAUCAAAGAUUAACAAUGGAAGAGGAGUUCGUGAAAGGAGAUCAGGUUGAAGUAUGCAGCAAACUAGAUGGUUUCUUCGGGUCUUACUUCGAGGCCAAGGUGCUAUCAAAGCUUCCUCACAAAUCCCUCUACAAGGUUAAGUACAAGAACCUUGUGACGGAAGGUGAAGACCCUCAGCCGUUGAUCGAAAUCAUCUCCGCUGACGAAAUCCGUCCGAUGCCACCAAAAUUAUCUCAGCCGUCGACGUUUAGACGCCAUGAGAUGGUUGAUGCUUUCGACUUAGACGCGUGGUGGGUCGGAGAGAUCACUGGACAAAGAGGCGAUACGUUCUCCGUUUACUUUCCCACGACCAAUGAUGUGUGCGAGUACCCACUUGAACGUCUCAGAAGGCAUCUUGAUUUGGUUAAUGGGAAGUGGGUUUCUUCGGCAACAAGGCAACAAUUAGCGCUUCUUAGAUUCUGAUAUGUUUCUUGUCAUUAAUUGUUUGUCUUUAUACUAUUAACUAGAUAAAAUACUCUUAAA